UAGAAAGUCGAAGCAGCUAACGAUGUACAACGAUGGAAAAGAGGGGAGUGGAAGGGUGAAAUCUCGCUGGAUUGGACAAAUAAGGGGUUAUUGUAUGAAUUUCAGAGAGUUGAGGGACCAUAUCUCGCUAAUAUUUGGAGAUAACUCGGCCAAAUCCCGUGGAUGAAGAAUGGAGAAAUAAAAUAGCGGAAAAAAGGGUAUAUGUUUGAUAAAACCUUUUUCUUUUGUUUGAUUUUUCCAAACAGUUGAUUUUUUUAUUUUUUGUUGGGGUGAAGAAAACUGUGAGAGAGAGAGAGAGAGAGAGCGGGGAAGAAAACGACCCGAGGGAUCAACCCAUAUAGGAGGAAAAAACCGCAUUCGACGAAGAAGAAAAGUAAAAUCGGAGAAACUAUUUGUGGGUGAUGCGAGUGAGAGAAUAUGUCAGGAGGAGGAGAAUACAGCGAUGAGAAUCAUUUGCCGAAUCCUACUAAUUCAAAUAACAUAGACGAAGAUGAGUUGGAGGCUCAGGAGAGACGUAGCGCUAACAUCAACGACAGAGGAGGAGGAGGUGCCUUCCAGGAUCUGCUCAAGCAUUUGGAUCGAGGCUUCUCGGGACGCCGCCACAGUUUCAAGCGCGUCGACAUAAGAGAUCAUAUUAAUCAUCAUCAGCAUCAUGCAUUACUAGACAAUCAUAAUCACCUUAAUAAUCUCAAUGCUUCCGAUGCUAACGACGUCCUUGGCGACAGUGCCCCUCCCGAAUGGGCUUUGCUCCUUAUCGGCUGCCUUCUUGGCCUCGCCACCGGUCUCUUUGUCGCUGCUUUUAACAAGGGGGUGCAUGUCAUACAUGAAUGGGCAUGGGCUGGUACACCAAAUGAGGGUGCUGCUUGGCUUCGUUUGCAGAGAUUGGCUGAUACCUGGCAUCGUAUUCUCUUGAUUCCAGUCACAGGAGGUGUUACUGUGGGCAUGAUGCACGGUUUACUUGAAAUAUUGCACCAAAUAAGGCAAUCAAGCUCCUCUCAAAGAAGAGGUUUUGAUUUGGUUGCUGGAGUCUUUCCCACCAUAAAGGCUAUCCAGGCUGCUGUAACUUUAGGUACUGGUUGUUCUUUGGGUCCUGAAGGCCCCAGUGUAGAUAUUGGAAAAUCAUGUGCCUACGGAUUCUCAUUGAUGAUGGAAAACAACCGAGAAAGGAAGAUAGCACUUGUUGCAGCUGGGGCAGCUGCUGGAAUUGCUUCGGGUUUUAAUGCAGCAGUUGCUGGUUGUUUUUUUGCAAUUGAAACUGUCUUAAGGCCUCUUCGUGCAGAGAACUCUCCUCCUUUUACCACUGCAAUGAUAAUAUUGGCCUCUGUUAUAUCAUCAACAGUAUCAAAUGUUUUACUCGAGACGAAGUCCGCUUUUACGGUGCCUGGAUAUGACUUGAAAUCUGCUGCUGAACUACCUUUAUACCUGAUAUUGGGCAUGCUCUGCGGUGUUGUCAGUGUGGCCUUCACUCGCUUGGUUGCUUGGUUCACAAAGUCAUUUGACUUCAUCAAAGAAAAAUUUGACCUUCCUGCUGUUGUGUGUCCUGCUUUAGGUGGUUUAGGAGCCGGGAUAAUAGCCCUUAAGUAUCCUGGAAUAUUGUACUGGGGUUUCACAAAUGUUGAAGAAAUUCUACACACUGGGAAGACUGCUUCAGCUCCUGGAAUCUGGCUGUUAACCCAAUUAUCAGCAGCCAAAGUUGUUGCCACUGCUCUAUGCAAGGGAUCUGGACUUGUGGGCGGCCUUUAUGCGCCAAGUUUAAUGAUUGGUGCUGCUGUUGGUGCUGUAUUUGGAGGCUUAGCUGCAGAACUUAUCAAUUCAGCAAUUCCUGGAAAUGCUGCUGUCGCUCAGCCACAGGCAUAUGCUCUGGUUGGCAUGGCAGCUACCUUGGCUUCCGUUUGUUCAGUACCCUUGACAUCAGUUCUACUCCUGUUUGAGCUGACAAGAGAUUACAGGAUCUUGCUUCCUCUCAUGGGGGCUGUUGGAUUAGCAAUAUGGGUCCCCUCUGUGACAAACCAGACCAAGGAGAGUGAAGCAUCUGAUACACGGGGUUCAGUGAGAGGCUAUACUUCUAUUUCACCUGCUGCUGAUGAAGUUAUUUGGAGAGGAACUGAUGGUAGAGAUGAUUUAGAACUUUCUGUUAUGGGAAAUGUUGCUGAAGAAAUUAAUGAUGAUAUGCUUCUGGAAGAACUGAAGGUUUACCAGGCCAUGUCAAAGAACUGUGUGAAGAUUUUGCUGGCGAUAACCUUGAAGGAGGCAAUAGAUUGCAUGCAUGGUAAACAGCAGAAAUGUGCAGCGGUAGUUGAUGAGGAAGACUUUUUAGAGGGAAUACUAACAUAUGGUGACAUUAGACGAUCUCUUUCCAUGAAGCCUAGUGAUACCACCAAAAGCGAUUCAAGACAUCCAGAUGUGAAUACAAUGCUUGUUUCUGCUGUUUGUACACGAGGAAUAAGCUAUCGUGGCCAAGAGCGUGGAAUUUUAACCUGUUAUCCAGAUACCAAUUUGGCAAUUGCCAAGGAGCUAAUGGAGGCCAAGGGCAUCAAGCAGCUGCCUGUGGUUAAGCGCGGUGAAGAAUCCAAGAAAGGAAGGAAGCGAAGGAUUGUAGCUCUUCUUCAUUAUGAUUCAAUCUGGAACUGCCUUAGAGAAGAGAUAAAUCGCAGGAAAACCAUCUAUCAGCAUAGAAAAGAAAACAAUCUCGAGGAGAUAGUUACGAAUGGCCAUUGAUGUGGUUAUGCUCGCUGUCAAGAGUUCCUUUAACUGCCUCAAUGAAAAAUAUAUAAAGUGGGACAGUGUUCGUCGUUUUUGUUUUUCUUGUAGUGGACCUACUAAGUCAGUUGAUAACCAAGUAUAUGUUCUACAGUCCCUCAUUUUGAGGGUUGAGAUCAAUAUUAUGAUCAGUUUUUGCUGAA